CCCAUUUUAAAACAACGCAAAAUGAACUCUAUUUCCUACAAUUUGGGUUAAAAUUUCAAUUUUUGGAUGUUUCGUUGGUAUGACUGGGCCUUAGAUAUGGUUUGACCCAAAACCGUUUGUUUUCAGAACCCCCACCAGAGAGAGCCCCAUGCAUGGACCGAGAGGACAAACAGUUUUACAACACCACCACCAUAAUAGAAAACUCCUUCGUAUGCCCCUUCGAGACCUCUUUCAGUGACUACCACUGCGUCUACUGCCGGGAGGUCUUUACAGACCCUAAGGAACUCAGGGAACAUACCUUAACUCAUGACCCUAACACAUAUAAAGACCUAGUUAGAAUAAAUAAAAAAAUGCCUCAAAUUGAUGUCUUAAAAAUCGAUUGUAGGUUAUGCGAAGAGAAGAUUGAUGAUAUAGAUAAUUUUAAAAGUCAUAUAAUAAAUGUACACGGGAAAUAUUUAUUUAAAAUAAAAAAUGAGGUUUUACAAUUCAAAUUAACUGUAAGCCAUUUGGCUUGUAUAGUUUGUAAUGAGACUUUUGGAUAUUUCCACGCGCUCAGGAAUCAUAUGGCGGUCCAUUAUGGUAGUUGCAUUUGCGAUGUCUGCGGAGCUCAUUUCUUUGAAGAAAGAAGAUUAACAGAACAUCAGAAGUCACAUAAUAAACGCCCAGGGAUAAAAUACUUAUGUAAGGAGUGCGGGAAAGAAUUUAAGUCUAAAAACGGGCGAUAUUUACAUGUAGCAACUAUGCAUAAGAAGGAACCCACAUACCAAUGUGGGAAAUGCGAAGCUGUUUUCUUCACUUACGCCUUAAGAUGCCGACACAGGAAAGACGUGCAUGGGGAGAAGAGGGAAUUCGCUUGCGAUCACUGCGAUAGAUCUUACGAUAACAGGAAAUCUUGGAGGGAGCAUAAUCGGAGGGCUCAUCUUAAGAUAUCUAAGCAUAAGUGUGAUAUUUGCGAUCGUAUGUUCUAUCUGCCUUGUCAGUUGAAAGAACAUAUGACCACGCACACAGGUGAAAGAAAUUUCCGAUGUGAGUAUUGUGGGAAAUCAUACCCUAGGCUUCGGGCGUUAAGGUUGCAUAUGAAAAGUCACAGUGAUAAUAAGUAUAGAUGUGGUAUAUGUGAAUCAACGUUCACGCAAAAUGUCAGUUUGAGGAAUCAUGUGAAGAAACAACAUCAGGGCUUGGAUAUGGAGAAUUUGAGGAAUUAACGUCAGGUCACAGAAUAAAUAAUAGUACUAGGUACAGAAGACUCACUCUCUAACAAAACGCGUCUGUUACGAUCAGGACAGAUAUGGCCGCUAGGUGGCGACUGCGCCACGCGCGGCUUAUGGCUUUCCCCAAAAUUGGGGUGGAACGGAUGUACUUUUAGCUACCUGUAGUAAAGCGACGAAAUCGCGGAGUGAGUCACGCCUGGUCAGGUUAACCUUUUAGCCUAAUAUCAACCUUCGUGCCAUAGAAGGUAGGAUCCUAUAGAAGUGGUAUACGCGUGCCUCCGUGAGGGACAAGACAUACGUAAUGCGACACUAUGAUUGGUCGAAUUUAUUUGUUGCCCACCUAAAAUGGUGGGGA